AUGGAACAAAGUGAGGAUCAUAUUCAGAAGAAAUUCGACAAGAACCGUUUCUUGAAAAGAACUUUGCAGUUUGUUUUCUCAGUUUCUGUGUUUUCUAUGUUUGUUUGGUACUCUUCUGGCUUUUCCAUACACCCUCAGUCCUUCAAUGCCUGCUUCUCCACGUGCCUUUUCUCCAUGCUCGCUCACACCCUUGAAAGGAAAUACAUGUUUCUCUUUUGUAAUGGAAUUCUUGCAUUUCUAGCCAAGACCUCACUCAUGACCUCUUCACCACCCAUAUCAGAUUUUGAAAUGGUAGUUGUCCCUCUUGGAAGUUUUGAAUCCCAAGAGAAUAAUGUUCCUCUUAUGGUUGAAGAACAAGUGAAAUGGCAAGAGGAAUACUAUGAAGAGGUUUCUGAAGCUGAAGAAGAACAAGAAGAAGGCACCUUGUUUAACAAAACCGAAGGAAGAGAUAAUGAAGCUUACGUUGCAGAAGAAGAGGAGGUCAAAGAUGAAAAAGGAGGAACAGAAAGUGGGGUACUUAAGGAUGCACAAGAUGAUGAAGGAGAAGAAACAACAAUGACAACAAACGAAGAACUAGCAAAUACAGAUGAACUGAACAGAAAGUUUGAAGAAUUCAUAAGGAAAAUGAAAGAAGAGAUAAGGAUUGAAGCUCAAAGACACCUUAUUGCAGUCUAG